UCUGACUUUUAAAUACCUUGGAAUUUGGUUCGAUUCUAAAGGCACAUGGGGAGGCCACAUUAGGUAUCUAAUAACGAAAUGCCAACAAAGGAUAAAUUUUCUGCGAACAAUAACUGGAUCAUGGUGGGGUUCUCAUCCAAGUGACAUGAUAAGAUUGUAUCAAACAACAAUACUUUCAGUAAUGGAAUAUGGGUGCAUCUGUUUCCGUUCAGCUGCGAACACUCACAUUAUUAAACUGGAACGGAUACAGUAUCGCUGUUUACGAAUUGCCUUAGGUUGCAUGCAGUCGACCCAUACAAUGAGUCUUGAAGUACUAGCGGGAGUUCUUCCUUUAAAAGACCGAUUCUGGGAUCUCUCUUCUCGUUUACUUAUUCGAUGUGAGGUUAUGAACCCACUGGUAAUUGAAAAUUUUGAAAGACUUGUCGAGCUUCAACCCCAAACCAGAUUCAUGACAGUGUAUUUCAAUCACAUGUCACAAGAAAUAACGCCUGCUAGGUAUGUUCACACAUACGUCAAUAUACUAGAUAUUCCUGAAUCCACUUUAUUCUUCGACACGUCCAUGCAAGCAGAGAUUCGUGGAAUUCCGGAUCAUCUACGCUCGCGGGAGAUCCCUAAAAUAUUCACAAGUAAAUAUCAACACAUAGACUGCCUUAAAAUGUUUUACACUGAUGGGUCACGAAUCAGUGAGGCCACUGGUUUCGGUAUUUUCAACAAUAAUUUUUCAAUUUCUCUCAAACUUGCAGAACCCGCCUCUGUUUAUAUAGCGGAACUAGCAGCAGUUCACUAUAGUUUUCAAAUAAUUAAUACUUUACCCCCGAACCAUUACUUUAUCCUCACUGAUAGUCUCAGCACAAUUGCAGCUCUACGCUCAAAGAGGAUUGAUAAUCACGAUCCAUUCUUUUUGGGGAAGAUACGAGAAUCUGUGAGUAACCUGACAAGAAAAUGUUAUAAAUUUACCCUAGUGUGGCUCCCCGCCCAUUGCUCUAUUGCGGGAAAUGAGAAAGCUGAUAAUUUAGCCAAGAUUGGUGCACUAGAUGGUGAAAUAUAUGAAAGACCCAUCGCUUACAAUGAAUUUUAUAGCGCUUCUCGACAGAGGACACUUGCUAGUUGGCAAACAUCUUGGGACAAUGGAGAUAUGGGACGAUGGCUACACUCAAUUAUCCCUAAAGUAUCAACGAAGGCAUGGUUCAAAGGAUUGGAUAUGCGCAUCUCCGUCGUAUUGGGCUCGCUGAGGGUAAUCAUUGUGCUUGUGGAGAAGGUUACCACGACAUUGAGCAUGUUGUUUGGUCCUGCACUGAAUAUCGUGAAGCCAGAUCACAAUUAGUAGAUUCUUUACAAGUCCGAGGAAGACCAAUCCAUGUUCCUGUUAGAGACAUCCUGGCGUAUCGCGAUCCUCUAUACAUGGAACUUAUCUAUCAUUUUCUAAAAACAGCGUCUGUCAAAAUUUAAUUAAAUUCAUCUCCUCAUACUCUCAUCCAAGGCUAAUCAUUCACCAAUUAAA